GUAAAAACAGCCCUUGUCCACCUUUACAGUCGAGACGAAUAGAGGACGAAGCAGGAGUAAAGGGAGUUGGUGACGCAGGUGCAAAGGAGCAGAGCUUGACGCAAGUGACGUACGUAGCUGCGAAGGCACGUAUAGUAGGGGAGAGGAAAUUAAAAGAGACAAAGGUGAAGGGGGCGAAGGCGAAGGGUCGUCUAGUAGUAAAUCGAGCUCUACUAAAGCCUCGUUCGGUACUACACCUAGCUCUCUUGUCAGCGGUUCGGCUAAGCCCCUAUCAUGAAGCGAGACGCUAAUUCCAGGGCUUCAUAAUCAACGCCACCCCACCAUCACCACGUUUCCCUCUCCAUCUUUCAGGUUCAGGAGCCUGCUCAGCAACCUUCGUAAUAUGGCCGAGUCAAAUGGUUGCAAAGGACAGAUGUUCACGCUUUUCCCGGAGCUACCGAAGGAGAUCCGACUCCUGAUAUGGAACGCGGCUCUCCCCGGACCGAGAGUCGUGCAUCUCCAGCAACGAAAACUGAAGAGCACGAUUAGAGAGUGGGAGCAGAAGACUGGGAGGUCAUGGCCGGUCUUCCCCGGCGAAAUGAGGGCUGUGAAUGAAGCAGCGCGAGAUACUGGCACGUCUGGCAUUGAGGAAAGUUUCGAAGCCGAUCGGGAUCGAAGAUUCCAACGGCGGGUAAUGCGCCACCGGAUCAACGAGGCUCUCGGCGCAGAUGGACCUCCUUCGACUCGAUAUCGAGGAGCUCAUAUGCUUGGUCUCUACUCAGACUCCCCCACCCCGGAAAUGACCCUAGUCAAUCGCGAGGCUUACGACGUUGUUUCCAAAUCGUAUCCUAGGGUAUUCUCAGGACCGGCCUCAUUUGCGCAAACAUGGUUUAACGGUGUCCUUGAUACUCUAUAUAUCCGAAAUGACACCUACUGGGUGUAUCCCUUAGGAGGACCGAUCUUUGACAUCAACGACGGCUUUCCAGUCUUGGAUGUCGAGAAUAUGCGGAAGGUUAAGAAAUUGGCGAUAUGGCGGGAUUUAGGCUGGACGAAUAACGCUCCUAUGAGGCAACGACCGUUAACAGAAGAUUGGACGGCACCUGUGCUGAAGUUGUUUGGUGGUGUUGAGGAGCUUGUUUUAGUUUUGCAUCAUUAUGGAGAUGAGGGGGAAGAAGAGGAUCAAGCAGUGCAUCUCAUUGACCCGAUUUGGGUUGAUGAAGCAUUGGAAAAGUAUAAUAGGAUUAUUGCGGAUCCGAAGAGUGGGGAUACGCUUGAGGUGAAGGCGAUGGAUAUUGGGGUUAGCGGGGAAGAGCUUGAUCUUGAGUUGCUGGAGGAGUAUAGGCAGAACUUUGGGGAAGGCAAACCGAGCUGGACUAUGCCGAGAUUUGUUGAGAAGGUUGCUGUUACGGAGGGGGUGAGGAGGAAGCUGGAUGAUGCGAAGAGGAGGGCUGAGAUGGCGCUCAAGGAGCGGGGAGUAGCUGGGAUUUAAUGUUGAAUUAUGGAGGAUUCUCUUGCUCAAACUAUGAAAUAUCAUCUGCCACUCCCUUAUUCUAGGGUAACGAGCUUACCAAGAACCCUCAUGAAACUCAGCUUACGACUCCAGAAGCAAACUUCCUGGGUCUGGUUUAUACAACCAGAUAUGUCCCAAUAGAGUAAGCCUGCAAACUCGAAGCUCAGCCUGCCUCGAUCGGCGGUAACUAAUCAUCUUACUUUAGCAGCACCGAUAGGACGCGUAGUUCUUUCUGCUUAACUAUGAACCAACACCCUCACCCCUUUACUCUCAUCCCUCACCACCGGGAAGAACUGAUCCCUCACAACAUCCACAUCCCUUCGAUCCGUCUCCCACAACUCCAAGACCCCCAGAUCCCCCACCUCCCUAACCUCCCACUCCUCGCCCCUCCCACCGAAGCUACCAAACAGCCCCGCAACAAAAAUAUACAACUCAAC